AUGAGUGACGUAAAGCAAGUGAAAGUGGAUAACUGGGGAAUAUAUUUCCUUCAGAGGUUAAAGCACUUCUUUAACCGUACUGACUACUGCGAUCUCACACUUCAGUUUCAAGAUAAUGCACAACUUAAAGUACAUAGGUUGGUCCUUAAUUCAUGCACAGAAUAUUUUGAGAUGUUAGAAAGAACUUGCGAAAUGUAUUCUGAUUGCUUAGUCAUGCCAGAUGAUCUACAGGCCGAUGUAGUAGUCCCUAUUGUUAACUUCAUGUAUACUGGACAGCUAGAAUUUAAAAUGGAUUUACUUGAAAAACUAUACCAAACAUCUUUAAUCAUGAACAUGCCUGUCUUGACUAAACUUUUAAAUGCUCAUAGAGUCAAACCUAAUUUGUAUGGUAAACGGUACAGCCGAAAUAUUGAACCAAGAGUAUCUACGCCUACUGCAACUCCAACUGCACAGAUCAAAAAGCGUAGCUUUAAUAAGGCUUUUCCAAACGAUCAACAAGCAUCAGCAAAAAAAAAAAUUGGAACUUCAGAAACUCUAUUGUGUAGUAAUGGUGCCUAUGGCUUGGAAACAAGUUUAAAGCCAGUGGAAUCCAUCCAGAAAAAAAAUUCAAAUAAGGAUCCAAAGCCAACGCGGUAUGAAUUACCUGCUGAAUUAGAUGAUGAUAAUAUCUUUGAUAACUCUUUCACAAGUCUUUCUUAUGAAUCUAAGCCUUUAAUGGUGCACCCUGAAACAACUAAAUAUUACACUCCUAAAAAAGCUAGAAUUUUUGAUGAACCAUCUAAUUCAAAGAAGUUUUUAUCCGGAACAACAACAAUGGAUAUUGUUGAAUGUCGAAAAAUCACACCAAAUGACAUUUUUGAAGAUGUAGGAGAAACAAGUCCUGAUGAUUCAGAACUUUUCUUACAACAAAAUAUCCAAGAAAAAAAAGAUUCUAGUCAACUUUUUGAUCAAAUUUUAAUUAAAGAUUCAAAAAUCUCAUUAGAAAAAAUAAAAAGGAAAAAAGCCACUUGGAUCACGCAAAAAUUAUAA